AUGUCGCUCCAAGGCAAGGUCUACGCCGUGACAGGCGCAGCAAGUGGCAUCGGUCGCGCAACAGCAAAACUCAUAUCCGACCGCGGCGGCAUAGUCUGCCUCGCCGACGUCAACCGCGAUGCCCUGAGCGAGGUCGAGGCGUAUUUCGCCUCCAAGACACCUCCUGUUCAGUAUAUGGUCACCCAAGUGGACGUUUCAAACAAGGAACAGGUGGAAGCCUGGAUUGCCGAGAUCAAGGCAAAAUUCCAGCGCUUGGACGGUGCAGCGAAUGUUGCCGGCAUUGGCGGGAAGGACCAUGGGACUAAGACUGUCGCGGAGACUGAUGACAGUGAAUGGAAUAAGAUCAUCGGUAUCAAUCUGACGGGGGUCCUGUAUUGUCUUCGCGCGCAGCUGAACGUCAUCGAGGAUAAGGGGUCGAUUGUCAACAUGGCUUCCAUCCACUCCAAAAUAGGAAUGGCAAAUUACGGCGCAUACGCUGCGAGCAAGCACGGUGUACUGGGUCUCACUCAGGCUGCUGCAAAAGAGAAUGGCCACCGAGAAGUUCGCGUUAAUGCUGUUGCGCCAGGCCCAAUCUACACGGAAAUGAUGCAGGGGCACUGGGAUCGCAUUGGCCGACCUGCCGAUGCUCCAUUUGACGACCCUAUUGCGUUUCAGCGCCAGGGGACUCCUGAGGAGGUGGCGAAUGUAGUUCUUUUCCUGCUGGGGCCGGAGAGCUCGUUCGUUAGUGGAAGUUGUUAUUCGGUUGAUGGAGGUUGGCUGUGA